AUGGCACGGCAGCGCGAUUACACGGAUGCUACUGGUACGGCCUCUCCAACGGCACGGGCAAGUGGUGCGGACUUCAUCUCACAAGAUGCCACUAUGGGCGGGGUUUUCGAGCCUCAGGGACUUCAGCAAGCAGAUACGGCACAAGUUGCACCGCGAAUACAGUAUUUCGCCAGAGGCGGACGCUUGCGUCCCUUCAGACUUCUGAAAGUCGACUUGCGCAACCUGAGGAGCAGAUACGCCUCGGACUGGACGAUCUUCAACCAACAGGUUCUCGCCAGUGCCGUGUAUAUCUUCUUCACGAACAUUCUACCCGGCAUUACCUUUGCUAGUGACCUCUAUGUUCUCACUGGCAAGUCCUGGGGUACCAUUGAGGUCGUUUUCAGCACUGGCUUAUGUGGUCUGGCUUUUGCACUAUUCAGUGCGCAGCCUCUGUGUAUCCUAGGCGUUACCGGUCCAUUCUCUGUUCUGGCGGAGAAUAUUUACGAGCUCUGCAAUAGGCACUUCCACGUUGACUUUCUGUCAGUGAUGGCUUGGUCACUUAUCCAUGCCGGCUGGAUGCACUUCUUAUUAGCCAUAUUCAAUGCCCACGACUGGACCAUGCAAUAUGUUACGCACUUCAGCGCCGACAUAUUCUCACUGCUGAACAGUGUCAUUUACUUCCAUAAAGCAGCCCUCGAGUUGAAGCGCACACACUCGCAGGUAUCCCUGGCGGCCUUUCUUUAUGCGGUGAUUGGCGCGUUUGGGACCUGCCUUUUGGCCAUUGUCCUCUCAACGGCAAACUCGUGGCAGCCCUUACUUCACCGCUACGUCCGACUAGGGCUGACCGAAUAUGCCGCGGCAAUAUCAAUCAUCAUAUGGAUAGGUAUCCCGCGCAUCGGAGAGCUUGCCUCUCUAGAUCACGAACGUCUAGAGACACAGACAAGCUUUCGGCCGACCAAUCCGCAACGCGAAGUAUUCUUCGUCGAAUUUUGGAAACUUGAUAUCGGAUGGAUUUUUCUUUCCGUUAUACCCGGUGCCAUAAUAACGGUGCUGUUUUACUUUGAUCACGAAAUCAGUAGCAUCAUUUGCACCGUCGAGCGUUACGGCACGCGGAAACCGGGCGGCUUUGCAUGGGAUAUUGUGUUAUUGGGCAUCACAACAAUUAUCUGCGGAAUUCUUGGAAUCCCACCGGCCAAUGGCCUCCUUCCACAGGCACCAUUGCAUUCAGAAUCCUUAAUUCACUACGUGGAAACUGAAAAUACCGACAUGGAGCCGCAAACAGGCAGCACAUCAACCAAAGUUGCUCGAACAUAUGAGCAGCGGUUCUCUCCCUUCCUGCAGGCCGCUCUCAUUAUGAUAUUCGUGUCUCCCCCGUUUCAGAAGGUCUUGGGGUUAACACCGACGUCUGUCCUGGCCGGUCUCUUCAUGUUUAUGGGCUACCAGAGCCUGUCUGUCAACCCCAUACUCCCGAGAGUCGCCAAUCUCUUAACGCCAACCAGCGAACGAGCAUCUCUCCCGACCAAUGUGACUUGGCUGGGACUGCAUUCCUAUACUCUCACGCAGGUCGUCCUGACUGGCAUUGUUUUUGGAGUGACCUUGACAGUGGCAGCCCCAGCCUUUCCAUUGCUAAUUAUCGCUCUGGUUCCAGUGCGGCUCGCAUUCAUGAAUAAGAUAUGGUCUAAAGAAACGCUACGCGCAGUUGAUGGGUGGGCUUGCCGCCCAGGUAAGCCCGAGGACCCAGGUGAAGAGCAACCGAUACGAAUUGACGAAAAAUCUCGACCGUAG